GGACAGGAGCGAGGGCAAGUGCCGAACAAGAGCGACGGGCAGUGAAGAGAUAAAGGCGGUGUCAAGCACUGCGUAAGCUGCGAAAUCAUAGACCUGGUUGCUAUGAAGAGGGGGGUGGCGGGGCAGCAUGUCGUACACGUCGUGCACGGCGUACGGCGCCUCAGGUUCUCAGGCCCGGAAGCGCGAUAAAGCCAGCGAGCAGCCGGCCAGUUUGCACCCACGGUACCGACCUCCAGAAGCCAGCACCCACACGCACAAUCCACCCGUCUCCGCCUUCUUCUCUAUUGGAGCUCAUUACAUACUGACGGCCGGGGAGAGUUCCAUUCUUCGCGGCAAACUUGAAAAUCUUUCCGAGCCGAGCAGGGAAAUGGCCGUCAGCGUCGUGGCUGUGCGUGCUCUGAACAAUCCUGCGCUAUUUACGGAUCCGCUAGCGUUUGAGAUUGAGUAUGAAGCGCUAACGGCAUUGGAACAAGACCUGGCGUGGAAGCUGGUAUAUGUGGGCUCCGCGGACUCGGACCGCUACGACCAAGAGCUGGAAAACGUGGAGGUUGGGCCCGUGGUGCAGGGCAACUUCAAAUUUGUGCUUGAAGCCAACCCGCCGAAGCCCGAACUCAUCCCCGUCGACGACCUGCUCGGCGUGACCGUCAUUCUCCUCACCUGCUCUUACCGCGGCCGCGAGUUCAUCCGCGUCGGCUACUAUGUCAACAACGAGUACGUGGAUGAGGAGCUGCGGGAAAAUCCGCCCGAGCAGCCGCGUCUGGACCGGCUGCAGCGGAGCAUUCUCGCGGACCACCCCCGCGUGACUCGCUACGCCAUCCCCUUUGAUGACCCCGAGCCGGCGGACGGCGUUGCGCCCAUGGACGAGGAUGGCGCCAUGCAGGCGGGUGUGGAGAUGCAGCAGCAGGCGGCAGCGCCCAUGGCGGAGGUGGCAGCGCCGGCGCCCCCGAGCUCGGCGGUGGCCACGGGAGGAUUCUACGGGGCCCAGCCGGGCCCAUUCGACGGGAUGAUGCCCCAGCAGCAGUUGUAUGAGGUGCCGGUGCAGUAAUCCGGCUUAUGACAGUCAGCGCCGUGGGUGCAGGGUUGCCGCGGCAUGCCUAGGUCCAUGUUGGUUAGGCUCGGGUGAGUAUGUGGUUAGGCUCGGGUGAGUAUGUGGUAAUCAUUUUUUGAGACAGGUUGGAUUGCACGCUGCAGUGCUGCACGCGCUGCCACUUCAUGGUAGCUGCAAUCAGUGGGACGGGUGCCGCGACAGUGAGAGCGAGCCCGUAGCUGCCGCGCGGGCUCCCAAGACACGGCGCAAAUUUCAUGCAAACAGUUUAGGUCUGUGAGCACGGCUGCGCCUGGACAACUUCCAGAUGAUGUUAUUGAACGGUGCAUGCUGGAGUGUUGUGGGUGUUUGUGACGGUAGAAGGGUAGCUGAUAGAGGACGGUAGAAGGGUAGCUGGUCAACGGGUGGCGCAGCAGGGCACCCCUGCCCCUGCGUUCGCCACGUCAGCGCGGGGUCGUGUCUACGGUAGGCUUUUCAUGCACAACAUAUUUACUUGCAUGGCCAUUGUGCUGAGAAAUGCGCGUUCGUGUGCCGUGGUCUAAUUGACUUCGCCAGCGUGCCACGGGGAAGCGACGGCGGAGCGACGGCGAUAGGGUUUCUAGGGUUUGGGUUCGGAGUGCGUGAACCGGGCCACGCAUGCGCGCGCGCCAUUAGUCGUGCUGUUUGAGGUCACGCUUUCAGAGCCGAGUACACUGAGCGCUCGCCACCGCGGCGCAUGCUGAGGUGUAAGCGUUGACUCGA